AUAUAAUCUUAAAGAACAUAAAGUUUUGCACUCACCACAAAAUCACAGAGAAAAAAGAGAGCUGCUAAACCGAGAUGGCAGAAACUGCAGCGUCCUUGGCCGGUCAGUAUUUGCUUCCUAAAAUUUUGGAAGCUUUGAAAAUGCUUAGAGAUCUCCCAAAAGAAGUUGCAGACAUUACAGAAGAACUGGAGAGCUUUCAAGAUUUCAUCAAUGAUGCAGAUCAAGUGGCUGAAGCUGAAGAAGAUGAUGGUAGGCGUGAUAGAAUCAAAAAAAGGGUGAUGCGGUUGAGAGAAGCAGCUUUCCGCAUGGAAGAUAUCAUCGACGAAUUCUCGAUUCAUGAGGAAAACAAUCCUCACGAUCCUCGAUGUGCAGCUUUACUCUGUGAGGCUGUUGAGUUCAUCAAAACUCGGAUCCUUCAACUUCAAAUAGCAUAUAAGAUUCAGGAUGUGAAAUCACUUGUUUGUGCUGAAAGAGAUGGCUUCCAAAAGCAAUUUCCUUUACCAACAAAACCGAGUGGUUCUAGAGGAAAUCAGAAUGUCACAUGGCACAAGCUUCGAAUGGAUCCUCUAUUUAUUGAGCAAGAUGAGGUUGUGGGCUUUGAGAGUCCAAGACGUACGUUGAAGAAUUGGUUGAUAGAGGGACGAGAAGAGCGCACUGUCAUCUCUGUUGUUGGUUUGGCAGGAGUUGGAAAAACCACUCUUGCUAAGCAAGUUUUUGACAAUGUCCAUAACGACUUCGAGUGCCAUGCAUUGAUCACUGUGUCUCAAUCCUACACUGUAGAAGGACUGCUGAGGGAUAUGCUGCACCAGUUUUGUAAAGAAAAGAUGGAGAAUCAUCCUGCAGAUGUUUCUACCAUGGAUCGAAGAUCGUUGAUUGAAGAAGUCAGAAAGCAGUUGCGCAACAAGAGGGAGGAGAUUGAAGCAAAGGGGAGGGAGAUCAAAUUCUCAAGUGUCAAAAGAAUAAGAGAAUAAUAAUGUUUGUGAAUAUGCCUUUGUUAUAAUCAGCAGGACACAAAAAGAUUAUUAAUGACUCAUGAAUAUAUCACCUUCACAACUUUUUUUCAGUUUUGAAUAAAUUGACUCAUUGAAUUUUGUCCUGUUAUAAAGUGUUUGAUAGUGAUUUUCACCACAAUAAUGCAAAUAUUGAUUUUCAUUGCAAUAACACAGACCAACACAUGGAUCAUUCUCUUACAUGUCAUAUUAAAGUGAUUGAACUCUCAACCCUUAUCACUAUUCUAGCUGGAUCUCACCAUGUAUAUAGUACUUUCAUGUCAAAAACAAAUAUUAUACUGUGAGAUUUGACUUAUCAUAAGCAAGAUAAUUAAAUUUACAUAUUCUCUUUAAUUAUCCUGUUAGAUUAUGAAACCACCAUAAUUAGCUUUGUAUUUUAUAUAAGCAUGUCAUAUGUGAAAAGAAACUAAUAAGGAUAGG